AUGGCGAACAAAGAAAACAAUGACAUCGAAUUACCAGUUAAAACAGUCAAUAAUGGAACUGAUAAUAGUGAUGGUGAAGUGGAAAAAGAAACCGUGGAACCAUUUUUAUUUUGUUUCGUUUUGCCAAACGUAAUAACAGCAAUAGCGGUACAACAAUUUAACUUGCUAAAAGCAUGCCGUGCGGAUCUUAAUUAUACCGAAUAUGUUUGUGCGCAAGCUCUAUCUGGUGAUUUCAGUGAAAAUAUUACAAUAACAGCCUUAGGUGAAGCACAGACAAUGGUAGCUGAGAUGACAAGCUGGAAGCAGCCGGUUCAAAGUGCAAUACCAGCUAUAGUGACACUAUUCGUUGGAGCGUGGAGUGACAGAACGGGAAAUAGAAAAUAUCUUAUGUUAAUUCCAAUAUUUGGGGAGUUUAUUGGUGCCAUCGGCUUGAUUUUUACAAAUUAUUUCUUUCUGGAAUGGCCUUUAUGGUUUACAGGAUUGAUACAAGCGUUACCAACAACAUUCACGGGUGGUUUCCCGAUAGCAUUAUUGGGUUCGUACAGUUACGUAGCAGAUGUUACAACAGUCGAGUCUCGCACGUUUAGAAUGGGAUGUCUGAGUGUCAUCGUAACCCUGGGAGUACCAUUAGCAACAUCGAUCAGUGGAGUGUUAACAGAAGAAGUUGGUUACUAUGGAGUAUUCGGGACCCACGCAUUUUUUUGUGCUCUCGGUUUCGUUUACGUUCAUUUUAGGAUUCACGACAUGAAGUGUGUAAAAACUGAAAAUACACAUUUUUUACAAAAAAUCAAAGACUUUUUUCACCCGAAAAAUGCUACAGAUACACUUUCAAUUCUGUUUCUCACGCCAAAAAAUGUACUUAUUCAAAUAUGGUUAAUUGUUUGGGCACACAUACUUGUCAUUGGUCCAGUUCACGGUGAGAAUGCUGUGUUAUAUUUAUACACACUGAAAAAAUUCAACAUGGAUUUAGUAGAAUUCAGUUUAUUUUCAACGUACUUUGUACUUAUGGGAAUAGCCGGUACAGCCACUGCAGCAGUAGUACUUAGUAAAUAUUUAAAAAUCCACGAUGACCUUCUCGGUGCCAUAGCGACGUCCAGCAAAGUUCUAUCAAGUUUCAUGUAUGGAUUAGCACCAAAUAAAACGUGGUUUUACACUGCACCUGUUAUAGAUUUCUUCGGAAAUACUGGUUCAAUUGUUGUCAGAUCUUUAGGCACUAAAGUUGUCCAACCUGAUGAUGUUGGAAAAAUGUGCUCGAUAUUGGGUGUCGUGGAAGCAAUACUACCGAUCAUCUAUAUACCUAUAUAUAGUACAUUAUACGCAAAAACACUUGAUACGCUACUCGGAGCUUUUUAUAUUCUAGGUGCCAUGAUGACUCUGCCCGCGAUUUUCAUAUUCAUAUUUCUUUACUUCAUGCAUAAAAGGCAAGAGAAGGAUGUCGUUAAAGACCCGAAGGCGAAAGAAAUGUUCGCUCACGAAAAUGCGGUUACGGUUCUUUGAAAUAUAUCAUAUAUUGCUACGAGGAUUAAUAUAAUUAUAAUCUACGUGAUAUGUGAUUAAAUUGUAUUUAUCAGCAAAGUGGUCAGUUUUUAGUGUUUUUAACCGACUUCAAAAAAGGCGGAGGUUACUCAAUUCGACCGAUUUU